AUGAUUCGCCGUGAAGUAGGAAGUAUUAUGAGGGCCCCAGUGUUUAAAGGCCUAGCUAGGUUUUAUUCGAGCAAGAAAGGCCCUACAGCAGUGGUUUUCAUGAAUAUGGGUGGGCCUUCCACGGUGCCUGAGACAUACGACUUUCUAUACCAGUUGUUCUCCGACUAUGACUUGAUUCCGAUUAGUAAGAAGUACCAGCCCAUACUUGCGAAGUACAUAGCUAGGUUCCGUACGCCCAAGAUUGAGCAGCAGUACCGUGAGAUUGGUGGUGGGUCUCCUAUCAGGAAAUGGUCGGAGUACCAAUCGGCCAAGGUGUGCAAGAUUUUGGACGAGACUCAUCCAGAAACGGCUCCUCACAAGCCCUACGUUGCGUUCAGAUAUGCGAGACCGAUGACUGACGAGACUUACAAGCAGAUGUUGAAAGACGGUGUGACCAGAGCUAUAGCCUUCUCGCAGUACCCACAGUUCUCGUAUUCGACAACAGGGUCGUCUAUCAACGAGUUGUGGAGACAGAUAAAGAAGCAGGACCCUGAACGCCAGAUUUCGUGGUCUAUCAUUGAUCGUUGGCCCACUCAACCCGGGUUGGUCAAGGCCUUUGCGCAGAAUAUUACCAAGAAGUUGGAGGAGUUCCCAGCAGAAAUCAGAGACAAAGUGACUAUCUUGUUCUCUGCCCACUCUUUGCCAAUGGAUGUUGUUAACACCGGUGACGCAUACCCAGCUGAAGUUGGUGCUACUGUGUACCAUGUCAUGAAGGAACUCAAGUUCAAGAACCCAUACAGAUUGGUCUGGCAAUCCCAAGUGGGUCCAAAGCCAUGGCUUGGGGCUCAAACGGCGCAAAUUACUGAAUUCUUGGCACCAAAGGAGCCUGGCCUCGUUCUGGUCCCAAUUGCAUUCACCUCGGAUCAUAUUGAAACUUUACACGAAGUCGAUUUAGGUAUCAUCGGAGAAAGUAAGUACGCUGAUAAGAUCAAGAGAUGCGACUCGCUCAAUGGUAACGAGACUUUUAUCGAGGGUCUAGCUGAGUUGGUUAAGGAUCACCUAGACAACGGCCCACGAUUCUCAAAGCAGUUGCCUUUGGACUUUACGUUGGGUAAAUCAAGCGAUGGCGUUGAAUCCCUAGAAGAAUUAUUUAACGAGAACCCUACUAAGGCUAAGUGA